AAAUAGUUCAGUCGUCGCGAUUGCUCAAACACGAAAAGAUCGAGAGGAAAACCGCGCCGUUGCGUGGUCGAGUUUUUCCUUAUUAUUUUUGCAGCACGAAUUGAAUUCGAAAUUCACAAUUCAUUCACAUUGGCUGGCCGAGGUACCAGAAGUCGAAACCGCGCUCGUUCGUUUUUCAAUGAUUUAAUAAUAAUCGUUCCGGGAAAAGUUUGACUCGACAACGGUAGCGGAAAAAAAAACGAAUAAAUAUUAGUCAGCUGCAGUCCAAACGAGUGGAUAUAGUGCAAAAGGGCGAUUAAUUAUCCGAGUGGAAAAAAGGGGCGAGAAAAAUGGGUAGUUUUCAGUCAACGCAGCAUGACCGGGAAAGCGUAGAUGAUGGAGGAGGUGGCGAGACCACGAGACAAGAACAUGAAACCGAUGUUGGUAGCAGCAGUUCGGAUAUGUUUGAUGGUGAAAGUUGUGCAACAAUAGGCCGUAAAUCAGAGGGACACGCGAUAAAUAACGAAACUCCAAAUGAAAGUCGUAAACCUAGUGAGGACUCGAGUCCUGAUGGGUUUGAGUCGUGCGAUGGAUCAGAAAAGUGUCGAGAGUUGGCCGAGUUCCGCGAGGAACUGGGUAAAAAACGUGAACUGCGAAAAUCGAAAAUGGCUGAUAUCAAACGAGAGAUGGAUAAGCUGAGACAGGACUUGGCAGAGGAGAAAGCCAAGAACCGUGCUCUCAUACGAUUCAUCCAACAGAAUCAAGAGCAAACAAAGGGCGCAUCGGAAGUCACAACAAGCGGCGUCGAGGAAAUUACCUUCUCUGUAAACGAAGCCACGGAAUCGUGUCACAACGACACGGAAAAUCACACAGAACAAAGCAAUUCUAGCCCUAACUGCAGCACUACCACACCACCAGCCCAAGAUGAUCUACGCCUCGGAUUAAAAUGUGAUCUGGCUGAGUCACAGCUACAGCUUCAAGAAGCAAACAGUCAGAUCCUGUCGCUUCAGUCCGUGAUAGACCAGCUAAGAACGCAGAUUCAAACACUUCAGACGCCCAGCGAAGAAGAGGAAGCCGCCCGAACUGCACGGAACAAAGAAUUUCGCCAUCUACAGGCCGAACUUGCAGACUCGCAGUUCCAGCUGCAGAUAGCGAACGCCGAAGUGCUUUCGCUCCAGACCGAUAUUACUCAACUGAAAAAUCAAAUCAAAGGACUAAAGGACGUUAUCAAAGCCGGCAAAGAGAUCAUCCACAUCAGGGAGGACCAAGUGGAACAACUUAAGGCGAAGUUGCGCCAGAUCGAGGACUCGCUGCACGAGCGGGAGGUGCAAAUUAUGUCCACCGAUCUUCGCCGCGAGUACGAACGACAAAUGGCCAACAUCCGCAAUCUGCGCGAACUUUACGAGGAACGGGAACGUGUCUCCCGAAUGGAGCGUGACAAUCUGCUGCGACAGCUGGAGCUGCGUAAAAACGACCUGGAAGCCGAACAGGAAAAGAACAAAAAUCUCGAAUCACAUGUCGCCAGCCUGCAAACAGACUUGGAAACGAUGAAAAACGAGCUGGUUCAAACACAGGAAAAGCUAAGCCAAUCCACGCUAGAGUCCGAGCAGCUGCACGCCGAAAUGACCGUUGUAAAUCAAUUCAUAUCCAAGUUUCUUCUGGGGAUGAACCGCAAGCAAACGACCAAUAGCGUUAAGCUAGACAAGCUGACCGAAGUGCUAGCCGAGAAUCGCGGUCUGCUGAUAGACAUGACCAAAGAGGAAUCGGAAACUAUCGAUUUGGGCGCGUUCUUGCCACGAGCCCUCUACGAUCUGGUGGCCGAAGUGGACGAAGAGUCCGCCGCUACUGAUGAAAGCGAGUGCUCCGAAGAGGAUGGGGCAUUCAACGAAGUGCAGACUGCUUCGCCGGAACAGAUUGCUGACAAGCUGCCAAAAGUUUGGCGGGUGCUGAUUGAGUUGGUGAAUCACCAGGAACGGGUGCAACAGGUUCCAUUCGUGGAGAAUGGCGAAAGCGAAGAAUGCCUCAAGACAGAACCAACGAAGAAUGGAUCGAAAACAGUGGUUAGCGUCAGCAAAACGUAUCUUAAAUUGAAGGAUCUAAUUCUGGAGAAAAAGGCUCUCAAAAAGGAAACGAACCGCUUGAAGACACUUAACACCCACCUGGAACGCCGUUUGGAAACGCAGGAAAAGCGUCUCAGUGCAGUGAGUUUGGAGUUGACUAAAACCUGGCACCUGGUUGGCAAGAUGCAGCGCCAACAUCGUCAACUGCACACUCAGGAGCAAAUCCUACGCUAUCACCUGCAGCAAAAGCGACGUCUUCUCAGUGAACUGAAGGAAGAACUGGAAUACUGUCGCCUCAAGUGGAGUGCCGCUCGCCAGAAGAACAUCGAAUCCGAAGACCAAUGGAAAACGUUGAAGGCCGACUUCGCCGCGCGCAAGAAGCAAGAUUCGUCGAACAAUUCGGGUGAGAGCGGCUACAGCGAUGAGCAACCGACCGACGACGAAGACGAAGAUUAUCUGCACGGAGAUAAGCCGUCGAAGAAACAUCUGAGUAGGAUGAUCAAUUUCGAACGGUGCAGAAGUUCCUCGUUAACGAACGUUUUACAAGUGGCACUGGAGUUGAGAAAGUGCUACAGCGAGUCCGAUAUGAAAUCGUUGCAUAAUGUUGAGAGAGCCAAUCAGUUUUGCAAUGAGAAGAUCGAAGAUUUGCCAAUAUUUCCGGAGGAGAUGGUCUGCCCAGUGAAGAAGAAAGCAAAGAAACCUAAGAAGAAGAAAGAUAAGCGAAGUGGACCGGAAACCGCGGAGGAUAUGUUUAGGAGACUGGCUGGUUUGGAUCAGGAUACUAAUGAAGAGGAAGAUGAUGAUGAUGAAGAAGAUGAUCAGGAUGAGAUCAGCGAUGAUUCCGAAUGUUCUGAGAUAGAAAAAAUCGAACAACGAGAAUCCAGUCCACCUAAAGAACCCGAGAUGAGUAGUGAGGAAUUGUUUAACAUGAAACGGGAAGCUCGACUGAAACGAAUGGCAGAGUUAAACUCCAGACUUGAUACUUAUUCAAAUCCGAGUUCUGUAAAAGAUGUCGUAAGCGGUAUUAGCGAAGAAGAUCAGGUAGAAGCGGGGCCGUCUAGAGUACUUACCAGCACUGAGGAAGACUAUCUUCAACGAAGAGCUGCUCGAUUGGAAAGACUCGAGAGAGAAGCUAGAGAAUUUAGAAACAAAUUAUCUCGCACCGUAAACCGAGGAAGUGCUAUUUCAGCUCAAAUCGAUGAAAUUCACAACGGUUUCAUAGCUAGACAAUCUGAAUCUCCCAUUCCUGGGAGCUCCUCAGAGAACAGAUCUGCGACAGCGAAAUCGAACGAUGUUCCUCCAACAGAUUUAACGGUUCUGAGUGAUCGGGAAAGAGAAUACACUCAGAAUAGAUCCGAUCGUCUGCAGUCAUUAGAAGAUCAGAGCCAAGCCUUGCUUCAACAAAUGAAUCGAGCGUUGAAGAGAGGUUCUAGACUCACAACGCAACUAGAUAUGCUGCAUUCUCGAUAUAGCAGUAGUGAUCAAAAUAAUGCUAGUACAUCGGCAGAAGCUACUGCUAGCGAUCAACCAUGUGCCUCAACGAGUCCAGUCCAGAAUGUCGAAGAAAAUUUGCUUCCCGAGCCAGAAACGAUCGACACGCUUCUACUGGAAAAUUCUAUCGUUAUCCCUGCAAAUGGUCCUCUUGAAUUGAUUCUAAUCUCUGAUGAAGAAAUACUCGAAGAAGUAGAUGAACUUCUGCCUACUCCCAGUAGCGCUACCUCAACCCAAGAAAAUCAACACGAAGACAACGAUCGUGAUUCACAAUCAUAAUUACACUACAUAAAUUGCGCUCUACCCAUAAGAAAUGUCAUUCAACCUAUCCCAUCAAAAAGACAUGUCCACCAGAAUGUCGUCAAACCUUAGAUAGAUCGUUUCAAUUGUUCGCACUUUGUACCAAUGUCGAAACUACUACUGUGUUAAAAAUGUAUAAUAAUAUGUAAUAAAUAAAAUAUGUGAAAAAAAGAUAAGACUCGCUUAACAGAA